AUGAGAGUCUCUGCAGAAGAGCUCGAUUUGGAACCACCUAUGUAUAUCCAUGAGAGAAGUGAGCUGAUGUCUCAGUUGCGCAAUCAACUUGCUAUGCUUCCUGAACUGGAAGACUUGACUCCGCAAUGUGAUAUCUCGACUGCCGAUGUGGGAGUUUCCGGAAAGUCUCCUCCGGAGGAAAAACGGAACUUGCGAUCUAUUCUCGAGUAUCACAGCAAGAUUUUCCUUGGAGAUCGAAAUGCAGCUCCGGCGCCUGCUCAUGGAGUUAUUUGUGAUGUGGAUGUUGGUGAUGCACAACCCAUCGCCGUGAGACCACGUUCGGUUGGACCCCACAUCCUUCCGAAAGUAUAUGAGCUUCUCAAGAAACUUCUGGAGACAAAUUUGAUCGAGCAUUCGGAAUCGCCCCGGGCAUCGCCAAUAGUCAUCGUUCUGAAGAAAAACGGAAUUGAUAUCAGGAUAUUACCGGAUCGUGAAUGGUUUUCUGAAACUCUCGUGUUCCCGUUACCUCUGAUCAACGAUCUUCUUCUUGGUUUCGAAAAUGCGCUGUGGUUUACGAGCCUUAACAUGGCCAGUGGUUUCUGGGCAGUGAAGACGUCAGAACGAGCGAAGUUGAUAUCCGCCUUUGUGUGUCCGUUCGGACAUUUUCAGUGGAACGCUCCGCUUAUGUACCAAGGUAUGAUCAACAACUGCUUAUGGGGUUUCGUCAGACUCUCUCCGGAAGAGGAAGCUGACUUUGACAGAUGGGCCCUGUUCUCGGAAAGAGCUCCUAUAUCGACGACAUCGCUCAUGGUGCCGCGACUUUGGAUCAGCUCUAUGAUGACCUCAAUGAAUUGCUCUUCCGAUUGCGUUGCUAGAAUAUUUCAUCUUCUAAAGAACGAAUUUGGAAAGUUAGUCAUCCCCUACCUUUCUCACGAAAUCAGCACCGAAGAAAUAAGUGCCGUUCCGAAAAUUGCGAAAGGAGUUCAAGACUUACCUUUUCCGACGACUCUGAAAGAGAAGAACGGAUCUGUUCCGGACGAGACCUUUUCCGGACGAAAGAAGCUUUUGAAAUCUUGA